AUCGAAAUAGAUUACAUCGCGCACGCACCCGGCGCACACUGCGCAGGACAAAUCUUGAUUUAAAAAUUCAGCUCUUUCACACGUAUGAAACCGGAGUGAGAUGGAGCGAUAGUGUUAUUAAGACAAUUGUUUGUUUAUUUUGUGAUUAUGUGGAAGUACACAGUUUUAUUUUGUGUGUUUAUUUGUUUAUAUGGAGUUAAAGCUUCACUCUCAGACCAGUUAACAGAAACAACACAGCUAUGUUGCAAUCAGGGUACAACGUACGCAAGAAACCAUACAUCCGAUGACUGCUCCUCAUCAAUACCUCCAGAUGUUCCGUCAGCUUUCGGCAGCCUCUGCAUAUUUGCUAUGGAUCAGUGCUGCAAAGAAUAUUUUCAGAAAAAACGAGACUGUGAAGGUGGGAUUGAAUCAGCGACCAGUACCAACACUUGUGGAAGUACCCCAGAUUCAUCUAAGAAAUGUUGCGUGCAAUGUGUGAGGGGAACGUCAGUCGGCAAGUCCCGUGGAAUAGCGGCGUGCAAUGCACUUGUUGACGGAAAAAGCGCAGAAGAGUUAUUAGCUACUGACGCGUAUACUGAAUGUUGUAAGAAAGCAGCGGAGAAAGCAUCUGGUGCUAAGCCAACUAGACCUCCAUCUGUCUCCAUAUUCAAGAAGGAUGAAGAAGUUUAUUCAGUGUGCGAGGAAUAUGCUCCAAAUGAAUUGUGUGCCCAUCAUUGUAUACCGAUACCUGGUUCCUAUAAAUGUGAAUGUAACCCUGGAUUCAUGCUUAUGGCUGACGGACGGAACUGUAAAGAGGUGACGAAGAAUAGGUGUAAACCCCACAACCCGUGCCAACAUAAAUGUAAUGAUAAUGGCGUUGAGGUCAAAUGUUCCUGUAGACGAGGGUAUCGGCUUAAGGACGAUGAAAAAUCUUGUGAAGAUAUAGAUGAAUGUCUUCUUGACACACCAGUGUGUCUACCGAACACACAAUGUCACAAUAUUCUCGGUUCGUAUAAGUGUAUACCUGUGAAACACCCUAAACCGCAGGACAAAGGCCAGUGUCCGCCAGGAUUCGCAAGGAAUUUGAUGAAUCAUGCUUGUGAUGAUAUAAACGAAUGCAAGUUACCAUCACCACCAUGCCCCGAAUAUUUGUGUGAGAAUACGAUUGGGGCCUAUAAAUGUGGUGGUAUGUCUGGGGACCCACUUACACCCCACAAACCUACUGAAGAUAGAUGUCCCCCCGGAUUCAAAAUGGGAGCGAAUGAGGAAUGUUAUGAUGUCGACGAAUGUGCAACAAAUAAGGAUGAUUGCAAUAGAAUGUCUCAGUUUUGCAUCAACACAAGAGGGUCCUUUUAUUGCCAGGACAAAGUGUCGAAGCAUUGUCCGCCCGGAUUCAAAACUGAUCCUGCUACUAAUAAAUGUGAAGAUAUUGACGAAUGUGAAGAUGGACAAGACAUUUGCAGACCGGACCAAAUAUGUGUGAACAUCCUUGGAGAGUAUGAUUGUAAACCUAAAAACAGCAAAUCGGUAACCUCGUGCCCAGAUGGAAUGAGAAUGAAUCCAAAUCGUCAAAUGUGCGAAGAUAUCGACGAGUGUGUAGAAGGCACGCAUCUUUGUGACCAGUAUCAAAAUUGUUUGAACACGAAUGGUAGCCACGAAUGUAGGUGUAAAUUGGGUUUUGAAUUGGACCACACUACCGGAGCGUGUACUGAUAUCAACGAAUGUGCAACGGAUCAAAACACAUGCAUCCCACAAUCACAGCGUUGUGACAAUACAGUGGGGUCGUACCUAUGUAUCCGGUUUAUCUCCUGUGGGACGGGGUAUAUUCUGCACCAUUCUUCUAGUACUUGUGAAGAUAUUGACGAAUGCGCCUUAGGCACGCAUAACUGCGACCGAGCAGGCCCCGAGUACCACUGCGCGAAUAUACCUGGAUCGUUCCGUUGCCAAAAGAAGCCGAAAACCACUUCGACUACACCUGAACCGGAAUUUGAAUAUGUAUAUUAUGACUCUGAAGAAGAAAUAGAAGACGAAAAAACUAAUUCAACAACUACAACACAACAACCAGUAACAACACAAGUCAUUCCCAAAUCAACUGAGCCGGAACCUUUUGCGCCAGAGGUUAAGCCAAAGUUGCCAGAACCCCAACCAAUCGCGCCUGAAGUCAAGCCAGAUGCUACGGGACAGAAUGAAAUUAAACCAGAAGAAAGACCAGUUGAUACCGGAAUAAACCCAACAGAAGCAACCGAUAGAGACAUAUACCAUGUUGAUGAAAAUGAGUUAGAACCGAGACCCGAUAUAGAAAAGUUACCAGAAACUGAAGCGACAUCUCCAAAAGUUGUUGACGUAGUGGUUGGUCAAGAAACAGCCAUUGUUAAAGGUGACAAGAAAGAUGAUGGAUCAGUAGUUGUGAAUACUCAAGAUAUUCCUAAGAACGAAUGGACGAAGAUACAUGAAAAGCCUUCAAAUUGCCAACCGGGUUUUGAAUCAGAUGGCAAUGGAGCUUGUUAUGAUAUAGAUGAAUGUUCAUCAAACAGACAUACAUGCUCAGGAUUAACAGAAUCGUGUAGAAAUACUAUGGGCGGUUACCUAUGUGACUGCGCUGUUGGAUUUAGAAGGGACUUAGGAUCUGGUGCUUGCAUUUACUAUGAAGUACCUUCAUCGACUAAUAAACCUUUGAUACAUCCCUUACCCUUUACAAUUCCUACUACGAUAUCAACAGUUACUACUACGCCUUCAACUAUUCCUACUAGUCCACCAACAACACCUACCAUCUGGACCUAUCCUACCACACCUUCAACUAUUCCCACUCCUGAAUCUACAACUCCGGUUACUACGCCAACAACUCCAUCAACAACUCCAUCUACAUUACCAACUACACAAUCAACAACAACAUCAACAUUACCACCACCUACACCAUCUACCAGACACUACUUCUGGGGUUACCCGGACUACCGAAAAACCAAUCGUCGGCCUUUUAAAGCUAUGACGACUUGUGAUACUGGCUACCACUUUAAUUCUCAAAGCGGACAGUGUGAAGAUGUAGACGAAUGCACAAACGGAAAAGCAAACUGUGCCUCUGUGGAGAUAUGUAUUAACACAUUGGGGGGUUAUCGCUGUGACUGCCCCCCUAAUUGGAAAUUGGACCCGGACAGGCAACGCUGCGUACCAUUGACGACUAGUAAACGGUUUCCUAGUGGUUACGGAAACCCGGUAAGACCGGUGUACCCAGACCCGCUGGGAAUAAUACCACAAACAAAAGGCGGUGGUAGAGUCACGGAGCCGGAAGUGACUCCUUUAGGACACGGAAAUGUCUUGAAGUGUCCAUGGGGCACACAAUUGGCUGAUGAUAAUACUUGUCAAGAUAUUGAUGAAUGCUCAGCUAAGUGCGGUCCCUUACAAAUAUGCACCAACUUGCCUAGUGGAUAUACCUGCAGCUGUCCCCAAGGGCAUAAACUCAUCGGCGAUCAUGAAUGCGCAGAUGUCGAUGAAUGCGAUCUAGGAGGAAGUUCGCCUAUAUGUUCUCAAAAUGCUGACUGUAUCAACACUGUUGGUUCCUACAGAUGUCAAUGUCAUAAAGGUUUUAAGGCGGCCCCUAUUAAUGAUAAGGUGUGUGUAGACGUGGACGAAUGUAUGGAGGCCCCGUCUGGGUCCUUGUGUUCUCAACGAUGCAAUAACGUUUGGGGCGGGUACAGAUGCUCUUGCCACAGAGGAUAUAGGCUAAAUCCAGAUAACAGAACCUGUUCAGAUAUUGAUGAAUGUACGGAGUUCAAGUCUAAACACCUUUGCGUGGGGAAGUGUGUGAAUGAGCCAGGAAGCUAUCGCUGUUUCUGUCCAUCUGGAUAUCGGCUGUCGGAGGAUAAGAGGAGUUGUAUAGAUAUUGAUGAAUGCUCAACUGGCGAAGCUAAGUGCGGUCCCUUACAAAUAUGCACCAACUUGCCUGGUGGAUAUACCUGCAGCUGUCCCCAAGGGCAUAAACUCAUCGGCGAUCAUGAAUGCGCAGAUGUCGAUGAAUGCGAUCUAGGAGGAAGUUCGCCUAUAUGUUCUCAAAAUGCUGACUGUAUCAACACUGUUGGUUCCUACAGAUGUCAAUGUCAUAAAGGUUUUAAGGCGGCCCCUAUUAAUGAUAAGGUGUGUGUAGACGUGGACGAAUGUAUGGAGGCCCCGUCUGGGUCCUUGUGUUCUCAACGAUGCAAUAACGUUUGGGGCGGGUACAGUUGCUCUUGUCACAGAGGAUAUAGGCUAAAUCCAGAUAACAGAACCUGUUCAGAUAUUGAUGAAUGUACGGAGUUCAAGUCUAAACACCUUUGCGUGGGGAAGUGUGUGAAUGAGCCAGGAAGCUAUCGCUGUUUCUGUCCAUCUGGAUAUCGGCUGUCGGAGGAUAAGAGGAGUUGUAUAGAUAUAGACGAGUGCGAAACUGGUGUAGCACCCUGCGCAAGCGGCGGUCAAUACGAAGGGGCAUCGGACGUCUGUCUAAACACGCGUGGUGGUUAUAGGUGCCAUCGCAUAUCAUGUCCUAAUGGAUACCGUCUGGAGAGUAGGCACCGCUGCACCAAGAUUAAAACCUACUGCCCUCCUUGGGGUUGGGAGUGCGCGCAUCAACCAAGCACAUACUCAUACAACUUCAUUACGUUUGUCUCCAACCUCUACAUACCCGAAACACAGGUGGACAUAUUUACAAUGCGUGGUCCGAACUGGGCUUACGCUAAAAUGCGGUUCCAACUACGUCUUGUCAAUGUCAACGCACCGCCAUCUGUUAGUCAAAAGGCGGAUAUAAACUCGUUCUUAUUAACCCAAACCGGAAAUCAGGCGGUGAUGUCCUUAGUUCGUUCCCUGGAAGGGCCACAGAGUAUUGAGCUUGAGUUGUCUAUGGAGCUCUACAAUAAAGGGCAGUUUGGUGGGAUCGCUGUAGCCAAGCUUUAUAUUUAUGUAUCAGAACACGAGUUUUAAAAUUUCAAAUUUAACGAGUGUCACAGAUCAAAAACAGUUUCCGAUUUUUAUAAGGCUUUUGAGGAUUUAUCUAACUCAAUAUUAACGGACACCAUUUAUGGGAAUAUAUUUUCUUUGAUUUUUAAAGUGUUGUUCUAGAAAUUUGUCACUUCAAUAGUUCGGAAUUCGAUAUUGCUUUGAGUAAAGGAACAAAAUGUUUAUGAACAUUCUAAUCAGUUUAAUACAGUGGUGACAGAAAUUAGAUUUGCGUUUAUCCAAUUCCAUUACCUGGAUAACAGAUAAUCUUACUUAAUACAAAAUAUUGUUUUAAUUUUUUAAUGUGUUGUCUCUGUGAAGUCAUAUUUUUUAGUUACUUUAAAAUAUUUUUGAGCUCAAUACGCAAAUGUAUUUAACUGAACAUUUUUAAUGAACUUCACGAUUUAGUGGGAUCAGUAUUGCUAAGUUUAAGAUAUUGUCAAAAAGUACUAUUUGUAUGUACGACUGUUAAUUAUUUAUUAAGGUACAUAAAGAGAACUUUACAUUU